AUGGCGCUUGGUUUCCCCCAUCAUCCCAACUUUCCUACCCAGAGCAUCCCAGCUGUCCUGCUCAGCACACCAAGUGUCCUACCCAGCAUCCCAUCUGUCCCAGCCAACAUCCCUACUGUCCUACCCAGCAUCCCUACUGUCCUAGCCAACAUCCCUUCUGUCCAACCCAGCGUCCUAACUAUCCUGCUCAGCAUUCCAACUGUCCCACCUGGUACCCUGACUGUCAUACCCAGACAUGUAACUGUCCAGCUCUGGCAUCCCAAAUUGAGACCUUUACUUUAGCUUCUAGAAGGGGGACGAGAUUUGCCCAAGAGUUUUCUUUUAACGUAUUCUAUAAAAAAGGGAACCCUAGAAAGUUUCAUUUUACAUUUUUCCACCAGAAAAAUGAACACAGUUGUUUUCAGUGAAGGAGGUUUUAAAAGUUGGCUCCUCAUCGAUAAAACCUCUAACAUUUGAUAGCUUAAUUGUUUCCACCACAACAGCAUUCUUGUUUAAACUCACACUAGCCACUCUAUCACAUUUUCCUGCCAAAAUGAUGCUGCAAUCCUGGACAAAACUACUUGAGAAAAUGUUUUCAUUAAUGCGCACUACCUAACGCAACAAAGCUAUUUCCAAAUCAACGGCUUUGCGUAAAGAAAACCCCUUCCCCCAGUUCAAAGUUACUUCCUACAAAUGCUUAGGGAUCCGGCUUUCUUUGAAGACCCAACAACACUGCUUCCAGGGGGAGGGGGGAGGGAAGAAUCGGUCGGCUACGAAGUUUAGAAAAAAUGCCCCCCAAGAAUGCAAUUUUCUCAACAGUUUUGUCCAAGAUUGUGGUUCACGAGCGUACAUUACGUAGUUUGGGAAAUCUAGUUCUCGUAGUCGUCCUUGUCUUAGAAUCUUAAGGUCUCUACUGUCAUGCUAAUGGAUCCCAACUGAACUGUUCCACUUGGGACCCUAACUGUUCUACCUGGCAUCCUAACUAUUUCUGCUAGCAGGGAAGGUGGGGGCAAGUUUGUGACCCCCCCACCACCACCCCCACCACCCCCACCAUACAGACGACUGUAGAAUUAUACGACUUUGUAGAGCUAUGUCUUCGUUAGUUUUCAACAAAUCACUUUCAAACUUGGCAAUUUUAUUUCAUUUAAAGGCGUUUUAUUUUCCCUAAAUUGUCCAGGUUUAAAAAAAAGUGUGGAAAGGUCUAUUUACCCUCAAAGAAAGGCGGACUGCAACACCUGCUAAAUGGUAACACAAUACGUAAAAGACAUUGCAAAGUAUUUACUGCAUUUACAGACGGCAGUCAUCAAAAAACAGCUUUUAUGCAGACAAUUAUUUCCUGGACUGAUUUAACCAAUUGAGCACAAUUUUACAUUGUCACUUGAAUGUGUAAAUAAAAAUAUAGGCCAAAAUAUGUCUAAUUAUACAAUUAAGCAAAUGCUUCGUGUGCCGUGAUUGGUCGUUGUCUUUUAUCUGUUAUCAAUGCUGCAUUCUGAUUGGUUAAGCUACUGCUAGGUUAUAUGUUAUAGCCCACUAGUAGCGAAAAGCGCCGGCUUUUUGGCGGCAAAAAAGGAUUUAAGUCUAGCUUUAACUAGCUAAAUUUGUUUGGGAGAUUUUGCUUUCUAAACAUUCCUUGUCUCACAAUAAAUAUUACUUCAAUCUUUAUGAGUUCCUCAAGCGAAGAAUUCAUGCAUUAGUAGGAAAACACAAAAGCAGAUGUUUCUGUCGGUUUUGGUGUCCAUGAAAGGGACGGCGUCUCCAUACAAAGCUUUAUAAAUUUGGGUAAAACGCUUUUCCGAAUAUCUUGCAUAUGAAAUAUUGCACAGACCUGAUUCUUGGCAUAUUCCGCUCAGCUUAGGCUAACCUUGUUACAGUUAUGAGAAAAAACGCAUCUUAUCUAUUAAACUCCCCCUCUUGGACCCCUAAAAUGAAAUAAACGCCCCCGGGCGUCUAUUGCAUUAUUUACAGUACUUGAUUUGGUUUAUCCUAUUAAGCCCCAAGCAAGACCCAAGCAAGCCCCAAGAAUGAUUAGCAUUAAAUGUCUCCUGGCCUGAAAGCAAGCUCUCCGGGGCGCUCUUCGGGCGGCGGGACGGGAAAAGGAAGAGGAAAGCUUGUAACUUCGCCUCUGGAAUUUGAAUUCCACCUCCAAUUCCCCUGUCAGAUUUCCGCCAGUCAGCGCAAAGCGUAGACGUGGAGGAAUGUAAACAAACAUUGAAAAGAUGUGCCAAGGGCAAUGACAUCUCUAGCACUAAAAUAGGAAAUGUACAAAGGGGAGCCAAUUAGAAUUUGAAUUCUGAUAUUAGGUUUAAAGAGUUGUUGUCAAAACGAGUAAUAAAACUCUUUUCAGCUUGGUGUAGACACUGUUGGAAUGAGCACGGUUCAUGAAGUGGUGGUUGCAAGGCAUUCUAGGAUUUUUCAAAAUCCUAAGAGAGACUAG